AUGGAAAUUACUCUUCCAAAAUGCAAGGCUCAUGAAAGUCAUACAUGUGAAUUCUUUUGCAAACAGUGUGAAGCUGUGAUAUGUGGUAAAUGCCUCGUAAGUUCCCACAAAAAACACGAGGUGGAAGAUCUGGAAGAUCUUUGUAAGUCUAAGGGAGAAUUAAUCGCCAAGGAACGCGAUAUGGUAAGAAACGCCAUUUCCCUGUAUCAACAACUGGAAAUGGAUAUAGAUGUCGAAGAGCAAGUCAUGAAAGACCAGUACCGUAUCAUUGAAACUGAUAUCGUAAUCCAUGCAGAAAAGCUCGAGGCAGCAGUCAAAAAAGCCAAAGAACAAUUCCUUGAAGAGGCCAUAGAAAAAAGAGUGGAUGAUGUUAUACUCCUAGAACAACAAAGAAAGGAAGUCUUAAGAAACUUAGAAGAAGCCCGAAGCAUGGAACAUAUUCUGCCAGAGAGACUCGAUACUUGUGAGAAAAUACUCGCUUUCUGCAAGUUAGAGGUUAAAUCCUUGCCCCCAGUGCCGAAACUUCAGAGGAUAUCGCCUCCCGAAUUUGUUCCAAACACCGACCAUUUGGAGAAAAUGAGGGAUCAUUUUGGAAAUCUCGUGAUUUAA